AACCACUGCGCCAAAUGAUCGGAGGUGUGCGGGUAUAAACUGAGAGGAGUAAGGCAAAACGAACCCUAACCGAAUAGUAAUUGCGUUGCCUUCUUUGAGGUGUACGGUGUGAAAAGUAUGAAUUUCUAUGGAUUCGUGAUAAAUUGGGCAGUAUCUGGUCCCCGAGGAAUACGAUUUUGUCGGCAGAUUCCCAUCUCCGUUCAUGCGUAGGAGGGAGGGAGCCGAGGAGAAACGCCCGAGUCCCCGGGGCACGGACAAAGUUCUCCGUCCCUCCGACCCCGGGACCGUAGCAGCAAACCCUGUGCGGUGGCGGCGGCGGUAGCAACAACAACGGCGAGGGCGACCAAGGCGUGUAAGCAGCGGCGGCGGCAGCGGUAGCAGUGGCAGCGGAAGUUUCAGCAGCAGCGGUAUCAGCGGCAAUGGUACCCGCAGCAUUCCAGCGACCCUGUUCAGCACCCUCUGACGAGCCGACCUCGCAUCACCCCUGUCAGUAUCGACUGGGGUUGGGAGGGAGGCUCGGGCGAGCUCGUGAGGGGUCGUGGGGCGUCGUGAGCCGUCGCGACGUCUCGCGUCGGAGCUUCCACAUGGUUUGGUAUUGGCUCCCAGGGCGCAGGGUGGUUGUGCGGCGGGGCUGCGUCUAUGUUCAGGCGGGGAUGCUCUGGAGCGCUGGAGCCGUGGACCGCUAGUGCCAAGGAGGCUGGUGGUUUGGUCGUUUGCUAGUUGUUUCGUCUUUUACACGUUCGCCGAUACGUCCGUACGUGCGUACGUUUCGGAUCGUUCGUACGUUUUGUCGUUCGGAUCGUAAGAUAAUCCAUUGGUCGUCGUGAGCGUUUUGAAUCGUGUCCGACGAAACCCCGUUGACCCGAACGCGCGUGGAUCCAGUGCUGGGAGUGUCCGUUGUUCUAAGGUUGUCCAGGGUGAAGCCGGGGUGUUACGCGGUACGGAGCGCCGGCACAAUUUUUGACUCUAAGAUUAUGAAAUAAAAAUUCUUCUAUUUUCAAUAGGGAAACACAAAAGCCGAGGAAUGUAACGAUAUGUACAGGUCCGUGUAAGCCGCAGAGAUAGCAAUACCACGAUUGUUCGGUUAUGCAGCGUAUAGUGAUCGUUCUGUGCCCGGAGCUUUCGAUUAACCGGUGAAUGCUGUGUGCGCGAUCGGAUACCGCGUUGAAACCGAAACUGAGUGACUGUCUCGAUUGUUUUGCUUUGCAUACCGUGCGGAGAGGUGCACACGCAGAGUCUGCCCACAGCAAACGUACAGGGGUUGGAAGAGACUCACUCGAGCAUUUCGAUGCGAAAAAGUUCAUAAAGAAAAUAGAAUACAAGUCGGAUAAAAUUUUCCAAGGGAUAUUCGAGAGGUUCGAGUACCUAAUCGAGUGACAAGUGCCGGCUAACGGAACAUCGAACAAGGAUAAUAAAGUGACUGACCCCGGGGAGGAAUAUCCUUUUUUUCGUCGUUUUUGAAGAAUUUUUCCCGACUUCAGACACCUCCAACGAAUAGUUAGACUAAUCUUCUCUCGAGAUAAAUAACUUUCAAAUGUACCUCGAAAACCUCGCCAAUCAAAAUAGCAUUACGACAAGACAAAAUUGAAUUGGUCGCUCACCGUAAGUUCUCGCAACGGUGUGUUUUGAUAGGAAAUUUUUUCACCCUGUGGGUAGAAAGAAAGUGGCCGAACGAUUGAGAGUGAUCGGACACCCCGUCAUCAUGUCAAAGAUUAUUAUAGACGUCGAUUCGAUGGUGCAGCAGUUUACGCUGCAGUGGUAGCAGACAGUUUGGUGCAGGCCUUCGUCUAGUCGGGGUGGUAUUUUUGCUGGUAAAGUGUGGCCGGGUGGUGGCGGGGGAGGUGGAGGGCGUGGAGGAAGGUGCAGAAGGAGCGCGAGGACGACGAGGUUACAGGAGAAACAAAGUCGUAGGGAUGUGUGGCCAUUGGAGGAGAGGGCUGCGAACUGCUAAUAUUACCUUGGCCAGGAGCACGAAAUCGUGCCCGCCCCAAAGGACUCCGGGGGUUCGGUAGCUCACCACUGGCUAUUCCUCGACGCCCGCGGGCAAUGUGCCCACCCGUCGGGGACACACCGGGUGGACAAGGCGUACGAUGCAUAGAGAUGUUUGGUCGGCAGGCGGUCGGGAUGGCGGUAGCGGUAGCGGUAACGAAAGCUGGGGGAGGUGGUGGACCAGGUUGGGGGGAUUGCUGGCGAUGGCGAUGGCGAUGUCGUGCCUCGUUCCGGCGAUCCCGGGCGCUGAGGCGAACCCCGAUGCCAAGCGACUCUACGAUGACCUCCUCUCAAACUACAACCGCCUUAUACGCCCCGUCGGCAAUAAUAGCGACCGACUCACAGUCAAGAUGGGCCUCCGGCUCUCCCAACUGAUCGAUGUCAAUUUGAAAAACCAGAUAAUGACCACGAACGUUUGGGUGGAGCAGGAGUGGAAUGACUAUAAGCUGAAGUGGAAUCCGGACGAAUACGGUGGGGUGGAUACUCUUCACGUUCCAUCGGAACACAUCUGGCUUCCCGACAUCGUCCUUUACAACAACGCCGACGGGAACUACGAGGUUACCAUCAUGACCAAGGCGAUUCUACAUCAUACGGGUAAAGUCGUGUGGAAACCCCCGGCUAUCUACAAAUCGUUCUGCGAGAUCGACGUCGAGUAUUUUCCGUUCGACGAACAGACUUGUUUCAUGAAGUUUGGCUCUUGGACGUACGACGGUUACACGGUGGACCUUCGGCACAUAGCGCAAACGGAGGACUCGAACGAAAUCGACGUCGGCAUCGAUUUGACGGACUAUUACAUCUCCGUGGAGUGGGAUAUCAUAAAAGUGCCUGCAGUAAGAAAUGAAAAGUUCUACAUCUGCUGCGAAGAGCCUUACCCGGACAUAAUAUUCUACAUAACGCUGAGGCGAAAGACUCUGUUUUAUACGGUGAACUUGAUAAUCCCGUGUGUCGGCAUCUCGUUUCUGUCAGUUCUUGUGUUCUACCUGCCCAGUGACAGUGGUGAAAAAGUAUCGUUAUCCAUUUCUAUCCUAUUGUCGUUGACUGUGUUUUUUUUACUGUUGGCCGAAAUCAUUCCGCCGACUUCCCUAACGGUACCCCUUCUAGGUAAAUACUUGUUAUUCACUAUGGUGCUUGUGACGUUGUCCGUUGUUGUGACUAUUGCGGUGUUGAACGUUAACUUUAGGUCCCCGGUUACUCACAGAAUGGCGAGGUGGGUGCGCGUUGUGUUUAUACAAGUGUUGCCUAAAUUUUUACUCAUCGAAAGACCGCAGAAGGACGAUCCUACGGAAGGUGACGACGACGGUAAACCGCAGGACGGUAUUUUAACCGACGUAUUUCACCUGCCGGCCGAAAUUGACAAGUACAUGCAGUACGGAAGUAAAAGGUAUAGCGCCGACUACGACGUACCCUCGAUGCCUACGGCCAGAUUUAACGCAGCUCCCUUAGCGGUUGUCACAUCCAUGGGGCCUUGUUUCGACGAGCCGCAUCCCGCUCUGCCUUUACCUGGGGCCGACGACGAUUUGUUCAGUCCAGCGAGCCCAGGUUGCGGUCACGACGACGUCAGUCCUACCUUCGAGAAGCCGAUGAUCCGCGAAAUCGAGAAAACUGUGGAGGACGCCAGAUUUAUUGCUCAACACGCCAAGAACAAGGACAAAUUCGAAAGCGUGGAAGAAGACUGGAAAUAUGUGGCUAUGGUCCUUGAUAGAAUAUUCCUUUGGAUGUUUACCGUGGCCUGUGUUUUUGGAACGGCGCUCAUCAUUCUUCAAGCACCAAGUUUGUACGAUACAACUAAACCAAUCGAUAUAAAGUACAGUAAAAUUGCUAAAAAGAAGAUGAUGCUGUUGAACAUGGGACCGGAAGAGGAUUAACGUGAACUAUUACGCGCUGUGUGACCGGCGCUUAUAAAUCCUUAUUAUAACAGAGUCCCGAAAAUAUUGUAUUUUCCCGGGAUUUCCGGUCUUCGGUUCUGGUUCGAAAAUCGUUUGUCGUGGACGUGGACCGAAAACGAUUCGUAACGAGAUAUUACAACAUCGCCGUCACAGAUUAAUCGUACAAGACCAUACACUGCAGAUUUCUUGUUGGAUAAGAAUUUACUGGUAUAGAAAAAAAAAAAAAAAAAUUGGCAUUCAUAUACGCAGACCAACUACUGGCGGGAAGUUGACGCAUUUAAUCGAUAAAGUGCAUUAUUUCUUCUUUUUUUUUUUUUCAAAUGGAACCGCCUCAAUAAUCGUAUAAAAAAGUACCUGGUGCCAAAUAUCAGGAGUGCAGAGCCAUAUUUUCGAAAGUUCGGGUUCUUGCAGCUGCGAUCCGGUGAACGGUUUUACGCUCAAGGUUGGCGAUUUUAUAAAAGUAUCCAAUCGUCCCCAGACAACAUCCAACUGCCAAUAUCAGGGAAACGGCAUCGACUUCCACCUUCUCAAACUACACAAGAAAUGUAGGAGAUAGAAAAAAGUGAAACGAGGAAAACGAAUGCGAAGAAGAAGGAGAAGAAGAAGCGAACGAAAAAAAAAAAAAAACAUAAAAUAAACGAAACAUGCAAACAGAUGUGCCAAAAUGCGAUGCGGAACUAACAAAAUCAGAGCCACGCUGCUGUCAAAUGGUUCAUCAACGUACGACGCUCAAUGUGUAUAUUAUCUUUUUCGAAAAAUAUUUUUCUUUCACCUUAUUUUAGUUAUGUACAGUUAAAUAUGAAAGAAUAGUGCCAAAUUUUUAUUUAAUUAAAAAAUUAAAUAAAAACAACCAAAAACAAAACGUCAAGCAGGUAACACAAAAAAAGAUAGAUAAAGAAAAUGUAUUGAGAAUAAAAAAUAAUAAUAAUGAUAAUUAAACGAUUAACCAAAAAUGUAUUUACAAGAACUUAGACGUUAAUCGCUUCAUCAUUGCCAUCUUCUUCAUUGUCGGAGGCGAAAGUCACUUUGAACGGAAGAGUUUCUUUUCUUUUUUUUUUUUUUCGUACACCUUGAUACGGCCGAUGAACGUAUUAAUUUCAUGUCAAUCUCGGCACGAGAACUCCCUCGGUAAUAAAAAAUUAGAAACGUUCUCACUCGUCAUAAAAGCGUACCGCUGAGUCUCUCAGCGGCAUUACUCCGUUAUACGUUACGUUAAACGACUGAUUUUCACGUGACCUCCCCUGCAAGAACGUUGGGAGGUAAUAAUUGUACUAACAGAUGACAUUCAUGCUCACCAUAUCGACAGCUAUCAUCGUGCCAACCCUUCGAUAAAUUUGAUAAUUCGAAAACACACUUAGAACACACGACGUUGUUGCAAAUUCGAAAUCAUUCCUCCUUUCUGCUCAAAGUGCUUUUCGUCUCUGUAUAUUUAUAAAAAUAAAAAUAAUAAUAAUAAUAACGAUACUAAUUGUAAUAAUCAUAAUAAAACUAAUGAAAUGAAGAAAUGAAUAUAUUAGAAUCAAUGAUAAUACCCUAUAAUAAUAAUAAUGAUAAGGAGAGGUGAAAGAGAAGCAGAAUAUUAUUAAUAAUGGUGAUUAUGCUCGUGCGGAUGCUAGUAAUAACAACAAUAAUAAUAUAUAACAAAUAAAUAAUAAUACUCAUAUUAAUAAUAAUUAUAUGAAUGGGAAGAGAUAACGAUAAUAAUGGAGUAACAACAAUGACGGAUGACAAUGUUGAUAACAAUAAUAACAAUAAUACUAACACUAAAAAACUAACAAUGAUGAUGUUAACCACAAAUUAUUAUUAAUAAUAACAAUAACAGACGUAGCGAAGAUACCGAUACUAAUACACCGUACAUGAUGAUAUACGAUGAAACCGUGAAGUUUAAUGAUAUAUAGAUGGUAAAGUUGACGGCAGCAAGAAAGACGUGAAAAGCUGUACACCAAACGAAACAGCAGAGAGGAGAAAAAAACAAAAAAAAAGGGGAAGGGAAAAAGUAAAAAUAUAUUUAGAAAGGGAGCUGAAGUACAGCGGCUAAGAGUCUUUUCAUAUUCGAAAGAACACAUAUGCGUGAUGAUGCGAGAGUGUAUGUGAGAAAAAUGGUAAAAUCAAGCAAAAAGAAGAUAUGAAGAGGGCGAGACAUGAGAAAAAAAAUGAAACGAAGGUACAGGUGAUCCGUUGGUUCGCCGGCCAACCCAUCAGGUGUCUCUGAUGAAGUGGAAUGCUGAUGAAAGCUACAAAAAAAAAGUAAUCCUUUCAUCCCCUCUGUAAAAGUCAUGUGAACGCAGGCGAUAGGUGUACAUUGCACACAUUCGUCGUGAAAAAUUCUACUUAAAUAUAAUACAUCAUAUAUCAUACAUAAGUAUGUAUAUCGUGUAUACAUAAUUAUGUAUAAUAUAAACACAUUAUUAUUAUUGUUGAAAUGAAAACAAGCAAGGUAUACCUAUUGUACUAUUAGAUGGUGAAAGACGUCUGCCGAAUCAUGGGAAUAAAAAAUAACGAUGAAGAGAAGGGAAGCACAAACAACAAUAAAUGAACAUCCAUAUGUUUGGUAUAUAGUAUAAUAUAUAAUAAUCAAUUUAUUUGCUCAUACAAAAGUAAUGAUAAUAUAUCAUACGUUUGAUUGUGAAUAGGUACACCAAUGAAUAAUCAUUAAUAAAAUACAUAACAAAUGAUAAUACUCAUACUAAUACUAAUAAUAAUAAUAAUAAUAACGAUAACGAUAAUGAUAAUAAUAAUAACAACAACAACAACAACAACAACAAUACUAACAGUAAUAAUCAUACCCUAAAUAAGAUUAUCAUCU